GGGAAGAAACGGGUAGAACCCUGGAAAAGAGUAUAAUUUUGUUAAUCUAACGGGCACUGGUCACGUUAAUACCUUGUGUAAUGGUUAUUGGAUGACGCUGAGACAGAUGCCACCAAGGUGGGAUUGAAUGCUGAAAGUGCAACAAGGACACUUUCGUGUUUUGUGGAAAGGGAAAGGGGUCUGUACUUUUAUUCACUUCCCAAGGCAUAGCCUUCUCCGAGUAUCAAGAUUCUGAUGAAAUUGCUAAGUGAAAAAGUCUUAGCUGCAUUCAACUUUGAACUGUUGGGAAAAGGCUCCAUUUGAAAAAUGGGAACAAAAUCUUUCAAAAGGAUCCGAGAGACUCAUUUCUCUCAUUUGUAAUGUUUUAUCGCCCAUUAUGGCAAUUUUCUCGAGCUAAAAAUGGGCAUUCCGCUGGCACUUUUGUGCAGAAAGAAUAGCCAAGAGACGUCUAAUUGAAAAUAACACUCAUUUUCGAGUGUCCCUGAUCCCUGAUCCCUAUCUGGAACAACGCACCAAUUGCCAUCCGAGUUGCCAGACAAAGUGAUGAUCCCAAUUGUGGAGCUGCCAUUGAGCAUUGGCGACCUCUCGCGAGUCGCCUCAGCUAACCUAGACUUGGAUGAGCCUAAUCCACCGCUGAAGCACUCCCAAUCCAGCUUGACCCAGACCACGUUCAUCCCCAGCAACUACAGCCUCGACAAACCGCUCCAAGCGGGCUCACCCAAUCGGCUCGGAUCUCAAAUUGGGGGAACCUCUUCCAGGCGAAUGACCAUGGAAUUUCGGGGACACCCUGACGAAGAUCAGUACCAAGACUACCACUACCACUCCCAACAACAUCAACAACAACAGCCACCGCUGCCACCGCAAUCUAAUCGGAGAUGGCCGGUUCAGGCCUCGAAUGAAGGCACUAUGGCCUCGAUGAAGAACGGCCACUGGGGACAUUUCCGUCAAGCGGAUCCGGAAGGUCCUGGAUUAUGCGCGCUGAUUCUCACUGCAUUUGCCGCCCUUCUUCUGGUCAUCACACUGCCCUUCUCCCUUUGUACUUGCAUCAAAGUUGUGACAGAAUAUGAAAGAGCUGUGAUUUUUCGAUUGGGACGCUUGAGAAAAGGUGGAGCCAAAGGCCCUGGGAUAUUCUUCAUCAUCCCGUGCACUGAUAGCUACCAGAAAGUGGACCUUCGAACCGUGUCCUUCGAUGUUCCUCCCCAAGAGGUUCUUUCUCGUGACUCCGUGACAGUUAGUGUGGAUGCCGUGGUCUACUAUCGAGUCUCCAAUCCAACCAUGGCAACCAACAACAUUGAGGAUUACAGCCAUUCCACGCGAUUGCUAGCAGCAACGACACUGCGUAAUGUGUUGGGAACCAAGAAUCUGGCGGAAAUUUUAUCAGAACGUGAAAGUAUAAGUCACGUGAUGCAAACCUCACUUGAUGAUGCCACAGAUCCCUGGGGCGUCAAAGUCGAGCGAGUUGAAAUCAAAGACGUUCGAUUGCCCGUUCAACUGCAAAGAGCCAUGGCGGCCGAGGCUGAGGCCGCCCGUGAAGCCCGUGCCAAAGUUAUUGCCGCCGAAGGAGAGCAAAAGGCGUCCAAGGCCUUGCGGGAAGCGGCAGAUACCAUUGCAGACAGUCACAGUGCUUUGCAGUUGCGAUAUCUUCAAACGCUGAACUCGAUCAGUGCAGAAAAGAACUCCACGAUCAUUUUCCCUUUUCCUAUGGAGUUGGUGUCGCAAUGGGGCAUCAAGCCCACGAACUCCAAAGCCAUUGCCAGUUCGUGAAGCCUGUGGAACAUUACCUUCCUUCCUUCCGAUGUAGGGCUGGCGUGGCUUGGUCAAAAUACUACUAGAUAGGAUGCCCUCGAUUUCGUCAUGAUGAUCAUCUGUCAACCAAUACAUAGAGUCCUCUAUCUCCCAUGGACGGUUUAUCUACGUUGUUCAACUUCAUUGUGUCCUUCAUAAAUUGUCCCCAUCCUGGUCCAUAGGGGCCUCAUCAAGCGAUGAAUAAAGCUUUUCAUAAUA